AUUUCAUCACAGUACACUAUUCACUUCUAUUUUGUCUGCUUUUUCUAAGUUUUGAAUUUUAAUUGGUAGACCUUGUCAAAACUGAAAAUAGUGUCAUUUUAAGUUGGGAAAUGCAUUUUCAUACAAAAGCAUUGUCAUAUAUAAUAAAAACUGAUAUCAGUCCUAUAUAUUCUACUCUGAAAUAAAAAGUUCAGAAAGAAAGAAAAGAAACUCAAAACAUCAUGCUUGGUUUCUCCAUCUCGCGGUGGUAUCUACUUUGGUGCCUCUUUUGCUGGACUAUAACUUGUUUUGGAGUAUUACCACAAAGUUUGCCAUUGCACCCCGAUGAAGUACGAACUCUCCAACAAAUGGGAGUGACAAUGAAGGCACAACGAAAUCUAACCUUGUCUUGUGACUCUCGGUCCUUUCCUAAUAUUACCUGUGGAAAUUGUAGUGACAACUACUGUCACAUUAACCAGUUACGCUUGAAAGACCUCAAUUUGGGAGGCAGGCUUCCUUCUGAACUUGUGAAUCUUACAUAUCUUGAUACGGUUGAUUUCACGCGUAACUUUUUUCACGGUUCUCUUCCACCGAUAUGGAGUAAUAUGAAGAGCUUGAAGUCCAUUUCUCUUACUGCCAAUUGCUUAUCCGGGAAAAUUCCAAAAGAGUGGGGAGAUUUUCCAAAUCUUAACUACUUAAGUUUUGAAGCGAACAAUCUUUCUGGUAGUAUUCCUGAGGAGCUUGGGAAGCUAACCAACCUAACUCACUUGUUCUUUUCUUCAAAUAAGUUUGUGGGAAGGCUGCCAAAUACACUUGGAAAUCUGACAAAUUUAUUGGAUCUUAGGCUAAGCGAUAAUAGUUUUGAAGGCCCUAUACCAGAAUUCAUUCAAAACUUCACUCAACUUAAGAGGCUGGAACUAUAUGCAACUGGACUAGAAGGACCUAUCCCUGCUUCCAUUUUUCAAAAUUUAAACAAUUUGACUGAUCUGAGGAUCACUGAUAUGGCUGGUGAAAAGUCUGACUUAUCUACUCUAAAAAUUAACAUCAAGAAUAGUCCUGAUCAUAGUGUAUUGGUGCUCAGAAAUGUGAAUUUAACUGGAAUUAUCCCAAAUACAAUCGUGAAUAUGAUUACAGGAUUAAAGAUGUUAGACUUGAGCUUUAAUAAUUUGGUAGGAGGACUGAACACUGCCCAAUCCUACACAACAGAACAUAUAUUUUUAGGGGGUAACAAGCUUAAUGGAAGCGUGCCUGAGACAUUCCGCUUCAAUUCCAAGAAUGACAAUAUUGAUCUAUCUUAUAAUAACUUCAAUUGGUCAACUUCCACAUGUGAUAACGAGAACAGCUUUAAAUUUGUAAACACAUAUCGGAGUUCCUACUUGAAGAAUGAGCUUCUUUCUUGCUCACAUAAAUUCUAUUGUCAACAAUAUCAAUCUUCCCUGCAUAUAAAUUGUGGUGGACCACAAGUGACUGUGAAGAAUGUCAAUGGAAGUCUCACAUAUGAAGGUGAUGAGUUUGAUGGCUACAAUUCAGCAGUGAGUAAAAGUAUAACAAAAACUUGGGGAUUUAGCAGCAUAGGAGAUGCUAUGGAUGACAAUGAUAAGAUAAAUAAUCAUGUUGUACACGAUGACAACAAUCUGUUUAAGGAUAGUGGGGAUUUAUAUAUUACAGCUCGAAAAUCACCCUUGUCCCUCACUUACUUUGGAUGUCUGCAAAAUGGAAUGUACACUGUAAAACUACACUUUGCAGAGCUUGAGCUUGACAAUGUUAUUGGCCGACGCAUAUUUGAUAUAUAUAUUCAAGGAAAGAAAAUGUUAGUGGAUUUUAAUAUACAUGAGGAAGCUAAAAGAAGUGGUAGUAAAGUUGUUGUCCAAGAGUAUUUUAAUGUCAAUGUGACUGAUAAUAUCAUGGAAAUUCGCUUCUAUUGGGCUGGAAAAGGAACCACUUGUGUUCCUAAGAGAGGAUAUUAUGGUAUUCUCGUAUCCGCUAUUUCAGUGUGUCCAAGUUCCAAAUCCCAUUGUGAAGAACCUAACUCACCAAAUAGAAUAUCUAUAGUGGUUGGCAUUUCCAUUUCUGUUUUUUGCCUAAUCCUGCUAAUAAUUGGUAUCAUCACUUGGAAAAGAUACCAAAACAACAAACAUGCAAAGGAAACAUCAAAGCUUUCCGGCAUGGAGUUAAUAACAGGUUCAUUUACUUUGAGACAAUUAAGAGCUGCCACUGAUGAUUUUCAUUCUGAUAACAUACUUGGAAAAGGUGGUUUUGGAAGUGUUUAUAAGGGUCAUUUAUCAGAUGGUACAGUUAUUGCAGUGAAGCAACUGUCUUCAAAGUCAAGACAAGGCAAUCGUGAAUUCAUUACUGAGAUAGGCAUGAUAUCUGGUUUGCAACAUCCAAAUUUAGUCAAGCUUUAUGGCUGUUGUAUAGAAGGAAAUCAAUUAUUACUAGUAUACGAGUACAUGGAAAAUAAUAAUCUUGGGCAUGCACUCUUUGGUAAGAGUGGUUUGAAACUGGAUUGGUCAACGAGGUUUAACAUAUGUGUUGGAAUAGCCAAAGGCCUUUUGUUCCUUCAUGAAGGGUCACCUCUGAAGAUUGUUCAUAGAGACAUUAAGGCAACAAAUGUGUUACUUGAUAGAGAUCUUAAUGCUAAGAUUUCAGAUUUUGGAUUGGCUAAGCUUCAUGAAGAGGAUGACAGCCACAUUAGCACUCGAAUUGCUGGAACCAUAGGAUACAUGGCUCCAGAAUAUGCAUUAUGGGGUUAUUUGACUGAAAAGGCAGAUGUUUAUAGCUUUGGUGUAGUUGCUUUAGAAAUUGUUAGUGGGAAGAGCAAUACAAACUACAAACCUGAAAAUGAAUGUGUUUGUCUUCUUGAUUAUGCAUUCGCUUUGCAACGAAAGGAAGACUUACUGGUGCUAAUAGAUCCGAAUUUGGAGAGUAAUUUUAACAAGGAAGAGGCUGAAAGAGUUCUUAAACUGGCUCUUUUAUGCACCAAUGCAUCUCCAACGCUAAGGCCUACAAUGUCAGAAGUGGUUGGUAUGCUUGAGGAACAAACUGCUAUUACUAAUGUGGUUUCUGAUCCUGAUAUAUUUCGUGUUGAUUUGGAAAGUGACUUGAGAUUUAAAUCACUCAAAAACUACUAUCAACAAGUUCAAAGGAAGAAUUCUUCUGAAAUCCAAGGUUCUAGUUCUUUCAACCAAAGAUUUAGUGAACCUUCUACAAGUAGUUCUGCUCAUGAUCUCUACCAAGUCAAUCCUGCAUCCUUAUCUCUUCAUGAUCUAUAUGAAAUCAAUCCUGAUUCCAUGAACAACAGUGACAUUUCUUCUUUGGUUUCGGGUCAUAGUUCAUCAGCUUGGCAUUAAGUUCUUGAGAUGGCAUCACUUGAACCAUGCUAUAGUUUCUUAGUUUAAUAAGGUGAUGAGUCUUUUUUUUCCUGUAAGGAUAUCCAAACCAUGCGUUAUAAUAAUGACACUAAGGCAAGUCUUUUUGUAAGGUGUGUAUUUUAUUGUAAAGAGAGUAAGGAAACAUUGACAUACUUUGCUCUAUUGAAUGAUAUAUACCGCUUUGAUCAC